AUCUGUGCAAGCAUGCUUUGCACUAAAGGUUGAGUGAUUCUUGCCAGAAAUCAGUUAGGUAAUGCUUCUAGCUGAGCAGCUUCACGCUGGCUCCAACAGGUGUGUUUGGGUGCAAUCAGUUUAACAAGUUUCAAUCAGACAGCUCGCUGCCUGGCACGUCAAAACCAUGAAGGCUCUGAGUUGAUCUCUGGACUUCCAUGCAACCAAGCCCAGAUCCUCAGGGGGAUAAAAAGGGCCUCCCAAUUCUCACUCCCAGCACUGAGCUGCCCACAUCCAGAUUGCUGCUCCUUGUCGUGACCUCUUGCUGCCAUGAGCCGGCAGGCGUACAGCACCAGGGCUGGGGGUGGAGGGAGGUCGUACAGCGCUGCUUCAGCCAUCGUUCCUGGGGGUAGCAGGGCUGGCUUCAGCUCGGUGUCAGUGGCACGGUCUGGAGGAGGUGGUGGUGGCUUUGGAAGGCUCCUUGGAGGAGGAGGAGGAGGUGGUGGUGGAGGUUUUGGCAGCAGGAGCCUCUACAGCCUCGGUGGUUCCAAAAGAAUUUCCUUUGGUGUUGGAAGCAGCUUCCGAAGUGCUUUUGGAGGUGGUGGAUCUGGCCUGGGAGGUGGCAGCGGUGGUGGCUUUGGUCUUGGUGGUGGUGGAGGUGGUGGUGGCCUUGGAUUUGGUCUUGGUGGUGGUGGAGGUGGUGGUGGCCUUGGACUUGGUCUUGGUGGUGGUGGUGGUGGUGGCUAUGGCUUUGGUGGAGGUCCUGGUGGGCUUGGCUUUGGUGGAGCAGGAGGCAUGGGGGGACUUGGAGGGCUGGGUGGUGGCAGGGGUCCCGUGGGGUUUGGUGGCCCACCUGGCAUGGGCACCAUCCAAGAAGUGACAGUCAACCAGAGCCUACUGGCACCCCUCAACCUGGAGAUCGACCCCAACAUUCAGCAGGUGCGCAAGGAGGAGAGGGAGCAGAUCAAGAGCCUCAACAACAAGUUUGCUUCCUUCAUUGACAAGGUUCGCUUCCUGGAGCAGCAGAACAAGGUUCUCGAGACCAAAUGGACACUCCUGCAGGACCAGGGUCAGAAAAACAGCACGGGCAAGAACAACCUGGACCCACUCUUUGAGGCUUACAUCAAUAACCUGAAGCGGCAGCUGGCCAACCUGCUGAGCGAGAGAGGACGCAUGGACGGGGAGCUGAAGAACAUGCAAGACCUUGUUGAGGAUUUCAAGAACAAGUAUGAAGAGGAAAUCAACCGACGCACAGCAGCAGAGAAUGAAUUUGUGGUGCUGAAGAAGGAUGUGGAUGCUGCUUACAUGAAUAAAGUGGAGCUGGAGGCCAAGGUGGAUGCUCUGACGGAUGAGCUCAACUUCCUCCGAGCCCUCUACGAGGCGGAACUGGCUCAGCUCAGUGCACAAGCAUCUGACACCGCCGUCAUCCUGUCCAUGGAUAACAACCGGGACCUGGACCUCAGCAGCAUCAUAGCUGAAGUCAAAUCACAGUAUGAGGACAUUGCCAACCGCAGCAGGGCUGAGGCGGAGGCUUGGUACCAAACCAAGUAUGAAGAGCUGCAGGCCACGGCUGGGAAGCAUGGAGAUGACCUGCGCAACACAAAGGGGGAGAUCUCUGAGCUCAACCGGCUCAUCCAGAGGAUCCGAGCAGAGAUAGAGAACACAAGGAACCAGUGUGCCACCCUGCAAACAGCCAUCGGAGACGCUGAGGAGCGUGGGGAGCUGGCUCUCAAGGAUGCUAAGGCAAAGAUGAUGGAGCUGGAGGAUGCCCUACAGAAAGCCAAAGCUGACAUGGCCCGGCAGCUACGCGAGUACCAGGAGCUGAUGAAUGUAAAGCUGGCCCUGGACAUCGAGAUUGCAACCUACAGGAAGCUGCUGGAGGGCGAGGAGAGCAGGCUGAGCGGAGAAGGACUCAACCCCAUCAGCUACUCAGUGAUCAGCUCCAGCUCUGGCACAACUGGUGGAGGAGGAGGAUUUGGUGGACUGAGCCUAAGUGGAGGUGGAGGUGGAAGUGGAUAUGGUCUUGGAGGAGGAGGAGGUGGAAGUGGAUACGGUCUUGGAGGAGGUGGUGGUGGAAGUGGAUACGGUCUUGGAGGAGGAGGUGGAGGCUACAGCUUUGGAAGUGGAGGAGGACUUGGACUUGGAGGUGGAGGUGGUCUUGGAGGUGGGUAUGGAGGUGGUAGUGGGCUCGGGCUUGGAGGAGGCAGCAUUGGAAGUGGGCUGAGUUCUGCAGGAGGGAAUUUCAGCUCUGGGAGUGCAAAAGGCACCAAUCCAGGUGUGAAAAUCGUCUCCAAAACCUCCUCCAGCAAAAAGAGCAUAAAGAGCCAAAGCCUGAAGAAUGCCUCACAGCCUGAGUAAAGUGAUGCUGCCAGCCCCCCCAGCCCCCAAAGCCAUCACUGCUGCAUCGCUCCCAUACCGCUCCCGCACCCACCACCUCUCUGCUGUAGUUCUUAAGCAUUUGGGUUCCACCUCAGGAAAGCAGCAAGCACAGGCUAACCGGAUCUCUCCAAGCACCAAAAUGGGUUUCAAA